ACCCCCACCCAAAAAAAAAAUCCCAGCCCUCCACAAGCAACAAGGCAAAAGAAAAAAGAGAAAGAGAGAGAGAAAGGGAGGAGAGAAGAGGUGGGGAAGGGAGGGAAGAGAAGGUUUUUUUUAAGAAAAGGAGAGACUGGAAGCGGCGGCGUUUUGAAUGUGGGAUAAAAUGGAGACCAAGACGAUUGUGUACGACUUGGACACCUCUGGAGGGUUGAUGGAGAAGAUCCAAGCGUUGCUGGCUCCCCCGAAGAGCGACGAGAGCGACAAGAAGGCCAGGAGGCUGGAGAAGGAGCCACGCAGGAGCGGCCGGGCCACCAACCACGACACCUGCGACAGCUGUAAGGAGGGCGGGGACCUGCUCUGCUGCGACCACUGUCCGGCAGCCUUCCACCUCCAGUGCUGUAACCCUCCACUCAGUGAGGAGAUGCUUCCUCCUGGGGACUGGAUGUGUCAUCGGUGCACAGUUCGUAGAAAGAAACAAGAGAAGAAAGAAAAACUAGGCCAAGUAAAUGGGGUUAUGGACAAACAGGCAGUUAAAAGGACAGUAUCUCCUACUGUGGACUUGGAGUUCCAGGACAAAACCCACAGCAAAAGCUUGGAUUCCCGGUUGGAAAGUAACUGUAGAUCACUAACGCAAGCAAAGAACUUGGAAAGGCGAGCCAGCCGGCCAGGCACACCGACGUCAAACGCGAGCACUGACACGCCUACGUCUGAGCAGAACGAGCUGGACGAGGACCUGAUCGACGUGGACGAUGACUGUGUUACCAUGGAGAUGGACUGCUCAUAUUCGCAAAUAAAGAAUCCGUUUGAAAUGCUCAUAGCAGCGGCAUUGGAGAGAAAUCCAACCCAGUUUCAACUUCCAAAUGAACUGACAUGUACUACAGCACUUCCAGGUACCAGUAAAAGGAGAAGAAAAGAGGAAACGACAGGGAAGAAUGUGAAGAGGGCACAGCAUGAACUAGACCACAAUGGCCUAGUCCCAUUGCCCGUCCGAGUUUGCUUCAUUUGCAACAGGAGUUGCAGAGUAGCACCUCUUGUCCAGUGUGAUUACUGCCCGCUAUUAUUUCACAUGGACUGCCUGGAUCCACCUCUCACUGCUAUGCCGACUGGUAGAUGGAUGUGCCCCAAUCACAUUGAACAUGUAGUGCUUAAUCAGAAGAACAUGACCUUAAGCAAUAGAUGCCGGAUAUUUGACAAGUUCCAAGACCGAGUAUCGCAGCACGCAGUUAAGAUAGACUUCUUAAACAAGAUCCACAGGAAACAUCCACCCAAUCGCCGAAUUGUCAAAAAAGUAAAGAGGAAAUAUAUGAAGGUUCCUGAAGCGAUUAAAGCCCAGUACCAGUAUCCACCCCCUCUCCUUCCCCCGGCAGGAAUCCGUGACGGAGAGCUGAUAUGUAACGAGACUCCUAGUGAGUCGCAAAAGCACCUUUCCAACUAUGAGCACUUUGCUACAGAAGGAGAACAACAGGAGUGGCUCCGCAGUGUUGUCGCACUUCAGUGUAGCAUAUUCAAACAUUUAUCUGCUAAGCAGAUGCCAUUAUUUUGGGACAGCGAACAGACCGACAAGGCUGACGUCAAGCCACGUGUCACGGGCCAGUGUUCAGCGGACAACCGUUCGAGCGGCGCACAACCGGCAGCCGGAAGGAAACGGUCGUCCCCGCCCUCUCCCACAUCGUGCAACAUUACGUGCACCUCAGGGACCAACAGCCAGAACUCUUCUUCAGGUUCCUCUGCAUCCCCGCCGUCUGGAGCUGCAAUCGCACGGGACGAAACCGCCCGCAGCUUCUAUCCAGAGACCCCGUGCAAAGUGUCAAGUAGUGGAACUUCUAACGGACCUUUGUCAGCGGAGGUGAAAGUCAACGGACCUCUCCCGAGCUCCAUUUCGUCCGACUGCUCCAGGCCCCUGGCAGACACACUGAGACCAAAGGGACCAUUAACACAGGUGCCAAGCCAAGCGGCCGGACAGGGCUGGCUCCAUCCUCCGCUGAGACCAGCUACGCCACCCGCAGCCAGUAACCUCCAGAAUCAUUUUGUGGGCCUCUUGAAGUCAGAGAACACGGAAGCGCCCGCCUCUUGCUUGCAGCGAAUGCCAGUUGCAGUGAGCAACGUGGCAGCUGCUCUGUCUAACUUGUGUGCCAGUUCAGAGAUCACCAGCUCGCAGCUUAGGAGCAGCACCUCGCUGCAGAUUGCUGGCCGGCCAGCCACCUUGAUGGCCAAGGUGGUCUCAGGACCCUCCGCUCUCACCAGAGCUAUUAUUCCCCCCAGAGCCACGGCUGAUAGCGUAUCAGCAAUCUUGGGAUCAGCGAGAAACCUACUUUCACCAGCAUCUACAGGUGCGUGUUUCACACUCUUGUUCCUCGGAUAUAAAACUCUGUGUCAGGUGCCGGGUGUUUUAAGUGCACAAUUUUCCUGAUUAGG